AGUAAAGUUCGGAGUGCCGCUGGAACAGGUGUGCAAGAACGAUGAUAUCCCCGGCCCCCUUCUGGUCCUUAUACUGAAGCUCAACAAGGAGGGUCCUAUGAAGAAGGAUGUAUUCAGGGCUCCGGGCAACCAGGCCUCGAUGAAGAAACUCAUACACUUCCUACACCACGGCAGACUCGUCAAUAUUGAACAUUUCAGCGUGUACACCAUAGCGUCCGUGCUGAAGAAGUUCUUGCGUAAGCUCCCAGAAGGAAUAUUUGGACGCACCGGUGAAGAAGAGCUUUUCAAUAUGAUUCAGCUCACGGACACUGAGCAGCAAAGAGACUUAGUGCAUAAACUUAUCACUUCACGUCCUAUUGUGGCACAGCAUUUGCUUGUGCUGCUCUUCGGCACAUUCAGCAAAAAGGUGGCGACUCAGAUCAUGCAGUUCAUGGUGGACAAUUUCGGCGUGAGUAACUUGUUUGGCCGCGAGAACUACGAAUAUUACGCUAGGAUCACAGGACGCGUGCUCAGAGUCGAAGAAGACUGGAUCUUCGCCUACAGAUAUCCUAGGGACAGCCUCGUCGCACGCCAAGUGUCCUUGGAGGCUGAGAAAUCCUGGCUCCAAUUGGAGUCAGAUCGCUGGGGCCUCAAGUUCAACCUUGAAGCCAUGGCAGGUCAGGAGGAGUCUCAGUCGACGCCCGCCCUGGUCCACAUGCCCGAGGGCAGCAGCUCUGCGUCGUCACCAGGGGGGGCGACGGGGGGCGCUGCGUGUCUGGAGGGGGGCAGCGGCAGCAGUCUCAGGGUCGCCGUGCCUGAGAACAACCUGCGCGAGUCUUGUACGCGGCUCAGCAUAUCUCUGGAGGAGAACGGCCUAUAUAAGGGUGGCGGGUUGGGUUGCAGUGGCGGCAUAUGUGGCGGUAGCGGUGGGGCCACCAGCAGCAGUAGCGGCGGUGGUGGGGGGGGUGGUGGUGGCGGUGGUGGCGCCCGUCGUACCGACGACCUUACCUUGGAGGAGCUUCGCCAGGUGAACCACUACGCUGAAAGUACCAAGUCGCUCUCCUUCCUGCCACAGGUUCACGAACGCCAGACCGAGAGGAUGAGGACGCGGAGUGAGUGGUUUUUGACUCCCCAGCAAUUGGACGAUGUGGUGGGGGAGGGCGAGAUGGUUGCAGGGGAUUACCUGCACGUUUCUCACGUAUCCUCUGCUAC